ACGUCACUUCCUGAGGAGCGCUUGCCUCCUACUUUUUGUUGGGACCUGGGAGAGAAAAUUAUCCCGCAGAGGCACCGAGGCGGAAUAAAACAAGAAAAAGGAAGAUUAGAAAACCAGAAGUCACAAAGUGCGGAAAUGUCCGAGGCUUCUGUUUAGCCGACUGCGAUGCAGGCGGGCGUCCUUUCACCGUGAAUUCCCGCGAGGAGGUUUUUGUGCGUACAGGUGCCCUUCCUCUCCCCCCGUCAUGUUAAGUUUCCUGCGCAGGACGCUGGGGCGACGCUCCAUCCGGAAACAUGCAGAGAAAGCCCGGCUACGAGAAGCCCAGCGGGCCACAACGCACAUCCCUGCAGCUGGGGAUGCAACGUCUAUCAUCACCUGCCGUGUGUCUCUGCUGGAUGGGACAGAUGUCAGUGUUGAUUUACCGAAAAAAGCCAAAGGUGAGGAGCUGUUUGAACAGAUCAUGUACCAUCUGGACAUUGUUGAGAAAGACUACUUUGGAAUACGCUUCAUGGACUCGGCACAAGUUCCACAUUGGCUCGAUGUCACAAAAAGUAUCAAGAAACAAGUGAAAAUUGGCCCUCCUUACUGCCUUCACAUGAGAGUCAAGUUCUACUCCUCAGAGCCGAACAACCUGCACGAGGAGCUCACCAGAUAUCUUUUUGUGUUGCAGCUGAAACAAGACCUCCUCAGUAGCAAGCUCGAAUGUCCGUUUGACACAGCGGUGGAGUUGGCUGCCUUCUCACUACAGGCCGAGUUGGGCGACUGUGAUCCAUUAGAACACAAUUUGGAUCUCGUGUCAGAGUUUCGCUUCAUGCCUGAGCAGACAGAGGAGAUGGAGCUGGCUAUAUAUAACACAUGGAAGGAGUGCAGAGGUCAGACACCAGCCCAGGCUGAGAUCAACUACCUGAAUAAAGCAAAGUGGCUCGAAAUGUACGGGGUGGACAUGCAUAUGGUGAAGGCUCGAGAUGGUAACGAGUACAGCCUGGGCCUGACACCCACUGGAGUUCUGGUGUUUGAAGGACAAACUAAGAUCGGCCUUUUCUUCUGGCCCAAGAUCACUCGUCUGGAUUUCAAGAAGAGCAAACUGACGCUUGUGGUCGUGGAGGAUGAUGAUCAGGGUAAAGAGCAGGAGCACACCUUUGUCUUCAGGAUGGACCACCCCAAGGCCUGUAAGCAUCUCUGGAAGUGUGCUGUGGAGCACCACGCUUUCUUUAGGCUGAGAGGACCUGUGGAGAAGAACUCUGCACGCUCUGGAUUCAUACGCAUGGGCUCACGCUUCAGAUACAGCGGCAAGACUGAAUACCAGACAACAAAGGCCAGCAAAGCAAGGCGCUCGGCAUCAUUUGAGAGGAGACCGAGCAGACGCUACUCGAGAAGAACCAUGCACAGCAGAGGACCGUUCAACCCACCAGAGGCUCUUUCCUCAGGCAACGGAGUCAAUUCCAGCAAAGACAGAAAGGUGACCCCCAGCAGGAGUGCAUGGGCAGCCAUGCCCGUGGUCAGCCCGGUCGCUGCUUCUGCCUGUGGACCGAUUGAGAUCGAGGCUCUGCCCAGGAGUCCUGGGGGAGAAAAAAGAAGUUUGCCAGUGGUUGCUGACCUAAUGGAGACGUGUGUCGACGAUGUCCUCAGAGGUCCCGUUGUCCCUGCAGUCACAGCUAUCGAGGAGCCCGUACAAGCCGCUGCCUAUGCCGGUGCUAGCGUCCCUGCAGAAGAUGCGCUGAGUCUCGCUGAAGCAGCAGCUCGUCUGAAGCAGCUGGAGUUGGAGAGCAGUCCGCUUCUCGCUGCGCCGAGAAAUAACAUGAACGUCAACGUGGCCAUGAACAACCAGGACGAUGUGGUGAAGCUCACAGAGAAGUGCGGGCUGAACAGUGCGGGCAGCAGUCCAUGCGUGACUCCGCUGCGCACCCCGGAGGAUCUGAAGAGUAACAUCCUGAAGGCUCAAGCCGAGGCGGCCGCGCUCAAGGGGGCUUUGGAGGAACACGCUGUGAUGCUCGGAGAUAAAAACUGUAACCUGCAGGAGGCUUCUGCGAGCAGCCGCCCUGACGUCCAGGACACCUGGGACCUGCUGAAGCCACCAUCCUCCCUGGUCUCAUCUGCAGGCGCCAGCGCUGAGAGAUUGGCUGAAGAUUUAAAAGCUUCUGUUCCCAAAAAGUCCUCCGAGUCGACCAGUGAAGCCCCGGCACCAAAGGUUAAAGCAGAGGAGGUCGACCUGCAAAGCGCCGCCCCACUUUCUGACAACCUUAUUGACUUCACUGAUCCAGCUCCUGUGCUCCCACCGGUGCAGCCGACCAAACCUCUCAUCACACCGCGCUGGAUCGUCCCCACAACCGCUCCUCCCGGCGCCUUUACUAACGGCCUGCUCGACCUUGACCCCCCGCCUAAGGUCAACCCUCUUCUCCCUUCAGAUGGGGGAGCAUCCCUCACCUCAGCCCUCCCUCACCUCACUCACACACGUAACGCCGUCUCCACCCUCUCCACCAGCACUGUGGCUCAGCCGCCAGCCUCAGAGGAUGGAGCCAAACCCAGAGGUCUCUUGACCACUGAGCUCUGAUGAAGAAACGAGCGGCCGCCAUCACGCUCUUCAUCUUCCCGCCUGGUUUCCCGCUUCACCCGCUCACCCACCCGCACGCAGGCCGGCCGAGUCUGAAAACGCAAAAGAAGAGGCAGCUUGCAAACCGCCGCGACCACAACCGUAGCUACACAGAUCAGCAAUAUGAAGUACUUUUUUUUUUUUUUAAUGAUCUCAUGGCGUCGAGCUUAGUCUUUGUAAGAUGGUGUAUACAAACAUUUUAGCCUCAGUAUUAAGAAAACCUUAUUUUUAAUCUCCUGUUUGUGCACCACGUUAGUAACCUGCCAUUACAGAGUCCAUCCAGUCACCCAAAGCGCUGUCGGCAGCAUCUCUGCCUGCUUUGAGACUCUGGUGGAAGCUCUCGCCCUGGUUCUGAGUUUAAGCACCGGCAGUGCAAACCGCUGGAUCUCUGAGCUUUCCUCUGGGAAGCUGCUGAACGACACUGGAUGAUGGACGCACGAGAUAUGAAGAGCUUGAAGUGUUUGAAUAUAAGAGAUCACGCAGUGCAGCGCGUUUAAACCCGCUAACGCUACAUGAUGUAGCCACUGGAUCUGGAAACGUCACUGGAUUACCUUCAAACACUGGACCUUCAGCUGAUUUUUAUUUUUUCCCACAUUAGAUGAUGAUGAUGAUGUUUUUAGUUUUUCAGCUGAUUUUUUUAUUUUAUGAUCCUGUUCCUGCUCUUUGUAGCUGUCGAUGCUUUUAAAUGCCCGCCCCCCCCCCCCCCGCCCCACCACCACCACCACCAUCAUGAGGACUUCCUGUUUUGAUUCCGAUCACAUCUUAUAAUGUAAAUUUGAAUCCACACUUUUACCCCACUCUCGUUCCUGCUCACUCAUCAUUAAACUUUUAGCUCCUGUGAUCGCUGGACUGCGUGGUGGGAGAUGUGUCCGGGUAUCUGACUGGAUUGGACUCUCCAACAUGUCGUAGCUGUUACUUUGCCUUAUGUACAUGAAUGUGCUCUACGUGUCUGAUGGGGAAAUGCUGGAGAUGCCACUCGCACGUCACCUUUGCUGGAAUCGUUUAACCUGUGAAAUAUCCUGAAAGCUGGUUUUGUAUGAGAGCGAGGUGAGGCCUACGUCGGCACCGUGGGAGUUAUUAAAUAUCUUACUUUGACCCUCGAAUGGUAGAGUUGUAGUAUCUCACUGUUACUGUAACCACCACGUCUGGCCACUCACUCAGGUUGUGGCUCUGUAGUACUUCUCAUUAUGUCUUCAACAAGGGAAGCCGGCUGUUCUUCGAUGUCGUCUUAGCAGCGUUUACGCCUCAGCUCAGUGUCAUUGUUCAGAUAUUACAUGUUGUAGCAUACAGGUUUAACGUUUUCACUGUAACUGCUUCAGCUGCUGUUGAUAUGAAGUAGACGUAUAUUUUUUAAGACUACCUUGGCAGUAUAGUUACUACUCUGAGGAGACUUGAGGUGUUUUCUAAUUACAGAGGAAGUAUUACAGAUCAGACUGUGAAGUCUCAUUUUUAUAUAAACUCGUAUUUUUCUGGAACACCUGAUCAUGAUUCAGUAAAGUUUUGCCACAGUA